AUGGGGAACUUCAGCCUCGGAGCCUGCAAGCAGACCCUGCAGGUUAUUUCCCAAAUCUUUUAUUACUUGUACUCACCUCGGCUCAUCUGUCAGGUCCAAAUCCUCAUCGCAGACACGGUGAACUUGCCCAGCGUCCGAGGGGCCGUGCGGGCUGUGAGUUCUCACCUGAAGGACCAGGGCUUGAACCUGCUCAUCAACAACGCGGGCGUCAGCUCGCACGCCACGCUCCGCUCGCUGGAUUCGCGCGAGAUGCUCGCUGUCUUCGCCACUAACGUGGUCGGGCCGCUCCAGGUUGCCAAGGAAUUUCUGCCGCUCCUGGAGAAGGCGGCGGCGAAGGCUGCGGGGAAACGGGGGCUGAGCUGCAGCAGGGCCGCCAUCAUCAACGUCUCCACCAAACUGGGCUCCAUCGGGCUGUGCCUCGGCGUGCUGGAGGCACCCAUGUACCCCUACCGUGUCAGCAAGGUGGUGCUGGCACUGCGCUGCCUCUUCCAGGCUGCCCAGAACAUGGUGACGAGGUGCCUGGCUGUGGAGCUCCGAGACAAGAGCGUCUUGUGCGCAGCCAUCCAUCCCGGCUGGGUGAAAACCGACAUGGGCACGCAGAAGGCCCCCCUGACGGUGGAGCGCAGCGUGCAGGGCAUCCUGACCGUGCUGGCCGGCCUCUCGCAGGACACCUCUGGAGCCUUCCUCGACUGGGAAGGGAACAGCCUGCCCUGGUGA